AUGGAGGCCGCAGAGGUUCCUGUUUUUGAAGAACACGCGACGCCCCCGCAACAGGCGGGGGCCGAGGAGGCGGUGGCCGCCCACCAGCCGCCGGUGGGCACGCCGCCCGGCGCAGGCCUGGCGCUGGCGCUGCCGCCGUCGACCGCGGCGGCGGCCGAGGGCGCUGCCGCCGCCGGCGACCCUCCCCGCCGCUGGUCCCUGGACCUCGCCUCCUCCACGCACUCCGACUGGGAGCUGCUCAGCGCGGGCCACGACUCGCACUGCGGCAGCAGCCCCCGCAGCGUCUCCCCGUCCGACGCAUACGACAGCGAGGGCGAGGCGGCAGAGGCACGCGCAGAGGCAGAGGCAGAGGCGGGAGCCGAGGCUGCAGCGGAGCACGCAGCUCCCCAGCUGGACGCCGGCUCGACAGCGGAGCUGGGCGAGGCUACCGCUGCCGCGGCCGCAGCCGCAGAGGAUGCUUCCGCAGAGCCAGAGGUUGGGCCGGAGGGGGUGCCUACCGCCCAGCUGGUGCUGGCCCCGGCCGCGAUGGCCGAGGCGCCUGGCACCGACAUCGACAGCCCGCGCUCCAGCUACGAGCGCACCUCCUCCCUCGCCAGCGGCCACGACCUCUACAGCCUCUCCCAGGAUGGCUCAGCCGACAGCCUGACUGAGGAUGAUGACUACAUUGGGGGCAUGAUGCUGCGGGGAGAGCCCGACCGGCCUGCCGGGGUCGAGGCCGCAGAGCCCGGCGUGCACAGCGGCAGCGAAGACGAGGCACGCGGGCCAGGCGGCGGCGGCGGCGGCGGCAAGCCGCGCCGCGCCGAGCUGCAGCCGCUCGCCUGCGCGCCCGCGGCCGCGCUGGCCGCCGCCGCGCGCGGCGCCUACUGCGCGGCCUCCCGCCACCUGCACGAGCUGGCGGCCAGCGUGAGCGCGGUGCUGGCGGGCAUGGUGCCUGCCGCCGCUGACGUGGCGCGCCACGUCAUGCGCGGCGUGGCCGACAUGGUCGACACGCUGAGGGAGCGCAUGGCCGCGCUGCCGCAGGGCCUGUCCUCGCUGGCGGCCGCCAUGAACCCCGCGGCGGCCGCCGCCGCCGGGCACAUGCAGGAGGCCGCGCAGCGCGCGCGCAAGCAGCUGGGCUACCGCAGCAUCAACUGGGCCAAGGUGGCGCUGCUGCUGGGCGUGACGUGCGGCGGGCUGGCGCUGGCGCUGUACCGCUCCCGCACGGAGCAGGCGCGCCUGACGCUGGCGCUGGCGCGGCGCGAGGCAGACCUCAGCCGCCUGCUGUCCAAGGUUAUGGAGCUGCAGCGCAACAUCACCCAGCGCCACCACCCGCUGAUUCGCCACGUGGCGGCCUCCCCGCCCACCCCCUUCUGGCCCGCGGUCAUCGUGGUGUGA